GUUUGUUCCUAGCAACGCACUGUUUACAUGGUGCAGGAAGCGGAGAGGAAAUUGGAGGUUACAGAAUGAUGUUAAAUGAAUGAUGCCGGUGGCUUAAUGGAGCCUUUCCAGAAUCAGCAGAGUGUAUGGAGCCUGAUAAAGGAGUGUGUGCCAGACUCAGAGCUUCCUGAGAUAAGGGCUAUACUCGGGGAUGCACUCAUAGACAUGUACACAGAAAUCUACUCUGAGGUUCAGCUGUGGGAGCAGAUGUGGCAUGAAGUGCAUGAUGGGAAAUCCCAGAUGCCUCAUUCCUCUCUUGCUGACCCUCCAGCUGUUAAAGAGCUGCUGCGUUCAGAGCUCCAGCUGCUGCUGCUAAGUUUGAGACAGGAAGCUACAACACUGGGCAGAGAUGAAGCUGAAGUCAUGUCCCGGUACAGUCCCAGGGUGGUGAGUUAUGCACUCAGUACAGAGAGACAGCGAAGUCCAGACAACUUUGAAUGUACAACACCAACUAGUAGGCCUGAGUCCAGAAGGUCAAGCUCAAGGCUCUCGUCUCACUCCAGCAUUGAAGAGGAAAUUCAAGCUCUGCGGCACAAACUGAACAUCACUCACAUAGACGAAGUUGUGUCCCAUCUAAGGUCAGUUCUUACAGAGGAGUGUGAAGUUCUGAAAAAUGAUGUUCAAUUGCUGCAGGAGAGUGUAGAGUUGGAAUAUUUGAAGCAAAGCGGCUUCAUGGAGCCCACUCUUACAGAGCUGAAAAAGGAACGCAGACUUAUCCAGCAAGACUUGGAAGCCUUGAAUUUGAUGAAAGAAUCCACAUGCGCACGUGGCCUGAAGUCUGAUGUUUCUCAGAUUGACAGCAGGGAAAUGAAGUUGACAGGUUUGGCAGGUAACUCGGAGAAGAAGCAGUCACCAGUCUCACCUAGAACAGAGUUUCUUCAACCAAAGCCUCCUCCAGCUGUAGCACCACCACAUGAGAACAGAACCAGGCACAGACUUUCUCUCAAGGCUACACAGCUUUCAGGGACAUCCCCAAAACAUGCACAACUUCAGGGAGUGGAUCCGGAGAACGUCCAUAUUCACUCAGUGCCACGAAUGAACUCGGCUGCAGUGGAGAGUUCUUCAAGUGAGUCAGAAAUUGCAUUUGUAGGAUCUGCAAACUGUAGACUUAAAUAUGGAGCACUGGCUGGGCAUUUAGGAGCUGCCCCGAUAUCACUGGUACCUGCCCCACCUCCUGCAGUGCAGAGAGCCAGCAGCAGGGGGCAGAGGGUGGGCAGACGCCUGGCACAUCAUCAGACAGGAAACCUGCUCAGUGCUACCAGCUCCAUAUUCUCCGAGAUAAAAGUACUCAAGUGAGACAUUAUUUACAUUAGAAACUUACAAAGCAGUUGUUUAAUAAAGACACCAUGUUUACACACUUAUUUCAUUCAAUGCAGUUAAACAGCUUCAGUUAUUCCACAAAGGACACACAGACAUUUGAUCUUUAAAAUAAACUUUAUUUACCAUUUGAAAUUGAACCAUUUAAGAUACACAGCUGACAUGACUAAGACAAUGUUUGAUGCAAUUUGGCCCUAAGAUUCCAAAGACAUGGUUAGACAUGUUUGAUAGAAAGUUCUGAGCUCAUUGUGCUUUACUCUGCUUCCCUGCCCUCACAGUAAUUUCACCAGGAUGUGACCGUAGUCGACAGUACAGUAGAGGACACAGACCUGCAUUUUAUUUUAUUUUUUUUAUUCCUCAUAAAUUUUGAGUAGUAUAGAUUGGGUAGGGUCGUAAAUAUAUGGUGCUAUUGAGUAACAUAAAAGUGACAUUGUAAAGUGCUGUAACAACAUGAAAAUACAAGAUAAUGCAGUCUGUUGCAUUAUAAGGUGAGCAGAAACAGCUGCAUAAAAACAAACAAACCCAAAAAAAAUCACAGUUUUAGUUUUUGUCAUUGUCCAAAUAAGAUGUAGUGUGUAUUAAUACUUGGCAAACCCACAAACUAUAUUUAUAGUGGAAAUGAAUAACACAGAGAUGAGCAGCUCAGAUAUUCAAACCAGGGGUAAAACAUGUCACGGUGUGUUAAAAUAUCUCUAUCGGGAGAUUUUGCAGCGACCGUGCAACUUUAGGGCUUGUGACGCUCCGGUUAAUUCAGCAAAACAACUGCAUGAUGUUAUGUAUUAAAUGGACUAAUCAGUUCAAAGCUACAGGUUAGUAGGAGUCCAUCAUCCACUUUUAAACGUUCGUCGAACCUUUGGAAAUUUAUAGAAACACCUCAGUUUCCAGUCUAACUAAUGUUUAAAUUCUCACUAGUUUAACAUGGUUUGUUGAAGCCAAUCAGCAUACACAUUUUAGUUCAGGUUUAAACAUGCCUGAUGAAUAUUAGGCACAAAAUAAAUCCCUGUGUGUGUAAAGGGGCAGGGAGAACCUGUCAGGCUUAAUUAUGGUAAAAAAAACAAAUAUUUUGGCCAUAUUUUGAUUUAGAUUUUCU